GACCAAAAAAAAACUAAAGAGAAAGAGAGAGACCCAAGGAGUUCAGACAUUUUCUUCAUUUUUAUUUAAAUUAAAUAUUUCCAAUUAAAAAACGACCCAUCUUCUCCAAAUUUUUAUAGCUUCAUCUCUUAAAAUCCCGUUUCAGAGACUUUUGUUAGGACCAAAUCGAUUUCUUGCACCUUUGACGGAAUCGUUAUUUUCGUUUUUUCUUUUGGUGCUGAUUUUGGUCCUUAAAACGUUCUGAGACGAUUACGGUUUUGACCUUUGGGGCUCCUAUGGGGUUGGGGAACGAUGAUGAUCUUGCUACUGAUGAUAGCGAUGGUGUUUGUGGAGCUGCUGGUGGAGGUGGCAAGUCCUGUGGUGUCUCCAUCUCAUGUUCGAUUUGCCUCGAGGUCGUCGCCGAUAAUGGAGAUCGAUCUUGGGCUAAGCUUCAUUGCGGGCAUCAAUUUCAUCUCGAUUGCAUCGGUUCAGCAUUUAACAUAAAGGGAGCUAUGCAAUGUCCCAAUUGUCGGAAGAUUGAGAAGGGCCAAUGGCUUUAUUCUAAUGGCUCUCGUUCAUAUCCUCCAGAGUAUAGCAUGGAAGAUUGGACCCAUGAUGAGGAUCUAUAUGAUUUAAACUACUCUGAAAUGACCUUUGGUCUUCAUUGGUGUCCAUUUGGCAGCUUAGCAAGACUUCCUUCAACAUUUGAGGAUGGUGAGUUCUCAUCAACUGCAUAUCAUGAUUUACUUGGACAACAUGCUAUUUUUGCUGAGCAUACAGCUGUAUCCUCGGCUACUCAUCCUUGCCCAUAUAUUACCUACUUUGGACCGGUACAUCCGUCAUCCUCAAAUUCCAGUGGAAGUGUUUCAGAUGGUUCUAGCUUCAACAAUCACUGGAAUGGCACAUCAGUACCUAGUGAAUUGCCAGCUUCUUAUGCUUUUCCUGCCAUGGAUCUUCAUUAUCACAGUUGGGAGCACCAUUCGCCUCAAUUUUCUACAACCAGCAGUCGUAUUGGUGGUGCUGAACAGCCAUCUAUUCCGCCUGUUGGCCAAAGGCCAGCUAGGGCCGGUUCUGAUGUACCAAGAUCAGUUUUCGUACACCCAUUGCUUGGUCACGGUUCUAGUGCUAGAGCUGGGAGCUCAGUUACUUCUUCAAUGAUUCCUCCGUAUCAAGGUAGCAAUGCUCGUAACCGCGAAAGAGUCCAAGCUCUCCAGGCAUAUUAUCAACCACCUAGCAAUUCACCAACAAUGAGGGCGCCUCCCAUUUCAGGCUCUCGACGAUCCAGCAGUCAUAGAGGUAUGGCCCAAGUAGGCCCGGUGGCGUCAUCAUCAGAUCAAACCGGUGGUUACUACUAUUUCCCAUCUGGGUCAUCAGGUCGUAACUUCCAAGAAGCCGAAAAUCCAUUGUCCAGUCGAUACCAUUCAUGGGAAAGGGAUCACGUGCCUUCAUUUACAUCAAACCAGGUUGAGAGAGAUCCAGGUUGGGGUGCAUUUCACCACCCGGCUGGUGGGUCAGAUUCAAAUCUAAGAUCUAGUAGUAGUGGAUUCCGACAAAGGCAUGGCUCUGAGAGAACAUCUUCACAGAAUCGGUCAUGAGCUCUCCUCAUUAUCCUUACUGGGUGAAGCAAACUAUCAGUACUAUGAAUGAAACCAAAACAUUAUGUAAUGCUUUUGAAAAUGGUAGAUAUGCCUGGUGUCUGUCAUAUCAUGACAGGCUUCAAAUACUUUUGGAGUGGCCCCAAAAACAAUCUUUUUGGCUGCCACCAGGUGGUGUGAAGGACUGUGUUGGCUUCCUCUUUAGUUUCUUUGCCUUGGAGGAUAUCGAAUAAGAUAAUUUGUGGGAUGGCAAAGAAGAAAAAGAAAGGGCCAUUUUAUCGGUCAUGUGACCCCAAAAUGUUAGGUUUGAUGAAAAGAAAAAACCUACUGCUCUACAGGACAGGUUAACUGAUGGGUCAUUUAUUUAUGUUUGAAAGCAUAUUCGUCAAUGCUUUUGUUUCCCUGGUGAACAAUUGUUUUCGAGUAUAUAAGAAAUGAGGACUUUUUCCGAUCAAA